AUUGGUGGUUGCCAUGGCUGCGGAAAUUCGCUUGGCAAGAUGGAGGCGGCCCGUCGGCGGGUCCUCCUGCGUUGUCUCACCGCGAUUCCAGGCUUGUGAGGCGGACUUGGCCCCGGGCAUGGGCUCCCCGCCGCCGCCCCGUCUGCUGUGGAGGCUCCUCCUGCUUCACGACGUCCUGAGGCUUCUGCGCGGGGACCCGGUUUUCAUUCCUCCUUUCAUCCGAAUGUCCGGCCCUGAGGCCAGCUCGUCCCUUGUCGGAGGCAACGAGGAUGUCACCGUGUCCGUGACUCCGCUGCAGAUCGAGGAGGGAGUAUUGCCGGUUCCGACUUGUGGCUUUCUCAGCAAUGACACAGGAGACUGGAAUGUGACUGUGACUCCUGGUAUGAAUGUGUUGGAAGUGACUGUACGGUGGAAGCGGGGUCUGGAGUGGUGCUCCUCCAGUGAGACUGCUUCCUUCUCAGACUCCCCAUGUAUCCUGCAGACUCUUCUGGUUUCAGCUUCUGACAAUGCAUCCUGCUUAGCACAUCUGCUCAUUCAGGUGGAGAUUUAUGCCAACACGUCUCUGACCCACAGUGCAUCAGAGAACGUGACUAUCAUUCCUAACCAGGUCUAUCAGCCCCUGGGUCCCUGCCCUUGUGACUUAACAAUCGGGGCCUGUGACAUUCGCUGCUGCUGUGACAAGGACUGCUGGCCAGAAGUGAGAGAGCUGUUCGGGCAAUCCUGCUUCUCAGGUGUGUUUGGAGGAGAUGUCAGCCCUCCAUUUGACCAGCUGUGUGCAGUUGGCACUGCUCAUCAGGCUCCUGACUGGUUUCCCUUCCUAUGUGUGCAGUCGCCCCCCUCCACCUCGCCCUUCCUCGGUCUCUUCUAUCAUGGUGCCAUUUCCCCUAGAUACCAGCCUGCAUUUGAAGCUUAUCUGCAUCCUGACCUAAGAGACUUUUCAGAUGCCAGUUACAAACAAGGAGAGCCAAUCAUGACCACAAAGGAGUAUUUUACUAUCCCUCAGGUGUCCCUGGCUGGGCAGUGCCUGCAGAAUGCUCCAGUGGCUUUCCUUUGGAAUUUUGAUAUUAAAUGCAGUACAGAUCUAGAAGGGUACCAAGAACAAGAUGACAUCAAUGCAGACAUAAAGAUCCGUUCCAUGGGAGGACUAGUCACACCAACAGUAGUCUAUGAGGAAGCUGCUGACCUGGACAAAUUCAUCACCAGUGCAGACAUACUUUUAAGCAGUGGAUCAGCCCCCAGAAACGUGACUAUGGAAGAACAUUAUAUUUUCCGAUGGCAUAAUAAUUCCAUCAGUGAAAUAAAUGUCAAAAUUAUCAGAGCAAAAAUCAGUGCCCACCAGAAAGGAAUAAUGGCACAGCGAUUUACGGUGAAGUUUUUAAGCUAUAACAGUGGUCAUGAAAAGGAAUCUUCUGGAAAUCCAGGUUACCAGUUUGGCAAGCCUGUCCGAGCCCUGCAUACCAACAUGAUGAAUGUCACUGCAUUACACAUUUGGCAGACAGCUGGGAAAGGCUUGUGCACAGCAGCCACUUUCAAACCCAUUUUAUUUGGAGAGAAUGCACUAUCUGGUUGUCUUUUGGAAGUUCGGAUUAAUGAGAACUGCACACAGCUCAGGGAGAAUGCUGUUGAAAGACUGGAUUCGCUAAUCCAAGCAACUCAUGUUGCGAUGAGAGGCAACUCUGACUACAGUAAUCUGCAUGAUGGCUGGUUGGAGAUCAUACGUGUUGAUGCCCCUGAUACUGAUGCCAACCCACCUUGGGACAGUGCAAAUGGCAUCUGCCUGGACGUGCCAGCUCAGCUCAACAUCCAUAUCCUCAUUGCAGAAGCUGGCGCGGUGGAAGGAGUGGCUCAGCAGGAGAUUCUUGGUGUGGAGACAAGGUUCUCCACAGUGACCUGGCAGUACCAGUGUGGGCUCACCUGUGAGGAUAAGACCGACCUUCUCCCUCUCAGUGCAUCAGUUCAGUUCAUUAAAAUUCCUGCACAGAUGCCGCAUCCCCCAACAAGAUUCCAGAUCAAUUUCACAGAGUACAACUGUGACAGGAAUGAGGUGUGUUGGCCCCAACUUCUGUACCCUCUGAGCCAGUAUUACCAAGGGGAGCCCCGUUCCCAGUGUGUUGCCAAGGGGCUGAUGUUGGUGUCAUUCCUUGUGCUGGCCGUGCUCCUCAGUCAUCCCUGGACCAGAAUAUGCAAAACCUGGUGCUGAGCUCCCAUCUACCACUGAGUCUUCUUAAAGACUCAGACCCUCCCCUCAGUGCUUUCCUGUAGUCCUGCAUGCCUCUCUGAAACUUUUUUUUUUUUGUCUCUUUGAGACAGGGUCUCCAUGUAGCCCCAGCUGUCCUGGAACUCACUAUGUUGACUAGACUGGCAUCUAACUCACAGAUAUUCACCUGCCUCUGCCUCCCAAGUGCAG